CUUAUCAAACAGCAACAAGUAUCUUCACCAAAAACAAUCGUGAAAAUGAAGCUUUUCAUUGCCCUUCUGUCCAUCGCUUUGGCCGUUGCCACACACGGAUCAUACGUUCCAUCAGCAUGGUCUUCCGAUUCCCUUGGUUGGAACUCCUGGAACGGCUGGAACGAUUGGAAUGGACUGAACAGCUGGAAUGACCACAGCUCGGUUGCAUGGCCCGCUUAUGGAAACUCGUGGUCAUCGGCAGCAUGGCCAGCGGCAUCGUGGCCAUCGAAAUCGUGGCAAUCGACAUCGUGGCCAUCGGCUUCUCUGUACAACAAGGGCUGGAAUGGAUGGUACGCUCCAAAGGCCACCGUAGUUCAGGCUAAGAUCAAUCCAUGGGGUCUACCGUGGGCAUCGUACGGACAUGGUUACAACAACUAUCUGGUAGGAGUUCCGACCGCUAAAUAUAUUGCUGCCAAUCCAGGAGCGACGCACGUUGCCCCACUCGUUGGACAUGCCAUCAAUCAGAAGUUGAUCGUUGCCUAAUUUGCGAUUCUCGUUGAAUAAAUA